CCAUCUUCUCACCGCCGCUGGGCCACGCUGACCUGCUUCUCCCAGCCCUCCAAGGCCCCGCCACACCGUCUGAGACAGGAGGCGAGGCCGGAGACCGCCACCCGGGUGGCGGAGCAGCGGCGGCGGCCGGGAGAUGCCAGCCCCUCUCCCAGAGCCGGGGCGCCCUGGACCGUGGACCGAGCCGCCCGUCUGAACCGAGCGGAGCGUUAACCGACAUCCCCCCCGGGGAAGGUCCGCGAUCUCGCGGGUGAAGAAGGGAAGAUGAAGAACGAAAUCGCCGCGGUGGUCUUCUUCUUCACCAAGCUGGUCCGUAAGAACGACAAGCUGGGCAAGGAGGCCGUGGAGCGCUUCGCCGAGAAGCUGACCGUGAUUCUUCAGGAAAAAUACAAAAACCACUGGUACCCGGAAAAGCCCUCCAAAGGACAGGCCUACAGGUGCAUCCGCGUCAACAGGUUCCAGAGAGUGGACCCAGACGUGCUGAAAGCGUGCGAGCACAGCCGCAUCCUGUACAGCGACCUGGAUCUGCCCCGGGAGCUCACGCUCUGGGUGGAUCCGUGUGAGGUUUGCUGCAGGUACGGGGAGAAGAACAACGCGUUCAUCGUGGCCAGCUUCAAGAGCGGGGACGAGAACAAGGAUGAGAUCUCCAAGAAAGUGACCAGCGCCGUGGACAAGGUCACCUCCGACUACCACUCGGGCUCGUCCUCGGACGAGGAGGGCUGCAAGGAGACAAAGCCCGUGCUGGCGGCCGGCCGCCCGGCCCGGGCCUCCGAGUCGGCGAUCCGGCCGAUGGCCCCCUGGAGCCCCCUGCCCCGGCGCAACCUGGUGACCUCCUACCGAGGAUUCGGCUCCCAAGGCUCCCACCUGCCGCCCUUCCCGCUGGGCUACCCGCACCCGGGCAAGAGAAGCCAAGCCUACCACCCGGGGCUGUGGGCGCCUCCUGCUCUGCGAGGGGAGCCCCGACCCUUCUGGCCGAGCCCCCAGAUGCCGGCGCCUCCUCCGCAGUAGCCCUCCCCGGAUGGCGGGAUCCGUUGGCCAAUAAAAAAGCAAGCUGGUUUGAGGUUUGAGCAGAAUGGCUGUGAGUCGGGCCUGUGUGUUGUUUGCGUG